AUGAGACGACUGAAAAUUCUCUUUCUUUUACUUUUUUUACUCGUCGACGUCAUCGAGGCGGUUGGAUGGCUCUCGGUCGGCCUCUCCUCGGCGAAUUUGGGGAAACGAAGUGCCGGCACGUUUUGCAAGGAGUUAAAGACUCUCAACCGACGUCAGCAGCGUUUCUGUCGAAAAAACGUGAUUCUAAUGGACUCGAUUCGACGCGGAGCGCAGAGUUCCUACACCGAGUGCCAAUAUCAAUUCCAUAAGAGAAGAUGGAAUUGCACUUUGUUGGACCCGUUAACGCACAAGGUGAUCGGCGAUGUCCUGUUGUUGGAGGGCACAAGGGAAAGCGCUUUCGUGCACGCCAUCUCUGCCGCUGGUGUGGCUUACAGAGUGACUCGCGACUGUGCUAAGGGGUUAAACGAUGCUUGUGGAUGUGAUCAGACGAGACACGAGAUCCCGGAGACAACCAGGGAAACGAGUUUGCACAGCAUUGUGCCAAGGGAGAGCAAGAGCGAAUUCGUGAGCGAAGGUUGCUCGGACAAUGUCGAAUACGGGAACAUGAUCUCGAGGGAUUUCGUCGAUGCCGCUGAGAAAGCGCACGGGAAACAGAAAAACUCGACGAGUGCACAAGCCGAGCAAACGAUCAUCAAUCUGCACAACAAUCGAGCCGGGCGACAGGCUCUGAAGACGUCGCUGCGCCGAGAAUGCAAAUGUCAUGGGAUCAGCGGCUCAUGCGAGAUGAAAACCUGCUGGGAUGCGCUCCCAUCGUUCAGAGAGAUCGGCUCGAUCAUCAAGGACAAAUUCGAUGGAGCAACGGAGGUGCAGGUGGUGUUGGGUGAGGAUCGGCCGCAUUUGAAAAGCAAGCACAAUCAAUUCCGGCGACACACGCACGCCGAUUUGGUCUUCUCCUCGCCAUCACCCGACUACUGUGAGGCGGAUCCGGUGCGCGGAAUCCUCGGUACAAAGGGACGAGAGUGCAAUGCGACGAGUAUUGGCACCGAUGGAUGCGAUUUGCUGUGCUGUAUGCGCGGCUUCGAGCGUCGUGUGACGGUGGUGCAAGAGAAGUGCAAUUGCAAAUUCGUCUACUGUUGUAAAGUCGUCUGCGAGCAGUGCACAAGAUCGAUCGAGCGUUUCUAUUGUCUU